UUUACCAAAGCCAGAUUGACAGCUACAGGAAGUUGUUGAAUUUAUUCACGUAUGGAACAGUUUUUUGGGAUUGAAAGAGCAAGAGACGCCGGGGACGAUUUUGCUGAAGCAAAGUGGAAUGUCCGAUUUUUGUAGCUUUUCUGUUUGUUGCAGUGAACUGAACUUUGGUCUUUAUUCACUGUUAGCCGCGGCUAGCUAGCCAGCUAGCAUUCGCUACAUCAGCCAGGACUCCGUGUUUUAACAAACGGCCACGCCAAGAAAAACAGCAUGGUUGACAAGAACAUCUACAUUGUCCAAGGGGAAAUAACCACUGUUGUUGGAGCCAUAAAGAGGAACUCCAGAUGGAACACCCAUACAUCAUUGGAUGAAGAACAAGACCCACUACUGAACAGCUUCAGUCAUCUCAAGGAAGUACUCAACAACAUAAAAGAGCUCUCUGAUGUGGAACCAAACCUUUUCCUGAGACCCUUCCUGGAAGUAGUUCGAUCUGAGGACACCACCGGACCAAUCACUGGCCUUGCUCUUACCUCUGUGAACAAGUUCCUUUCCUUUGGCCUUGUUGAUGCUAACCAUGAAGCUGCAGCAGAGGCCAUUGAGAACAUGGCGGACGCAGUCACACAUGCCAGAUUUGUGGGAACAGACCCUGCCAGCGAUGAAGUUGUCCUAAUGAAGAUUCUGCAGGUCCUGAGGACUCUGCUGCUGACACCGGUUGGAGCCCACCUGACCAAUGAGUCCGUCUGUGAAAUCAUGCAGUCCUGCUUCAGAAUCUGCUUCGAGAUGCGCCUCAGUGAACUCCUUAGAAAGUCUGCGGAGCACACACUGGUGGAUAUGGUGCAGCUGCUAUUCACCAGACUACCCCAGUUCAAAGAGGAAGCCAAGAGUUUUGUGGGUGCCAACAUGAAGAAGGCUUACAAUAUCUUGUGGAAAAACAAACGUGUGCAGUUAAAGAUGCGAGCUGGCGGGAUGAGUGAAUCAUCCAAGUGGAAGAAGCAGAAACGCUCACCAAGGCCGCCACGCCACAUGGUCCACAGUUCCUCUGGUCAGCUGGACCCAAACCAGCCGAGCACUCUCAGCAACAACCUCUCAGGUGGCGUCCCAUUCAUUGAACAGGUCUCAUCAAACUGUAGCCUUGCAACCUCCGACAGCGCUGGCUCGUCCAUUUCCAGUCCUUCAACCACAGACAGUGGCCUGGAAACAGGCUCCAAAGCCACUUCCAGAGAAGAUCUUUCUGACCUGGAACAGUGUAGCUCCUCUGCGACCACGCCCUGCGCUGCUACCUCAUUCCCUGGUACUGAGUCUGGCUCCUCAGAUGCACAGUCUGAGGGCAGGCAGGCUGAACCAGCUCAAUCAGCCUCUGUGGAGUCCAUUCCUGAAGUUCUGGAGGACAAAGACUCUGUUACUGAGCAGUCAGACACCAGCUCUGUUCAUGACAUGGACUAUGUCAACCCUCGAGGAGUGCGGUUCACUCAGUCCACACAAAGAGAUGGAGUCUCUCUUAUCCCCUACGGCCUGCCAUGCCUGAGGGAGGUUUUCCGCUUUCUGAUUUCACUGACCAACCCUCAUGACCGCCACAACACUGACGCUAUGAUGCACAUGGGCCUGCAGCUUCUCACUGUAGCGCUCGAGUCAGCGCACAUAGCUAACUACCAGUCUUUACUCRUCCUGGUGAAAGAUGAGCUAUGCAGACAUCUGUUUCAGCUGCUGAGUGUGGAGCGUAUGAAUCUGUAUGCUGCUUCCAUUCGAGCUUGCUUCCUGCUCUUCGAAAGCAUGAGAGUACAUCUAAAAUUUCAGCUGGAGAUGUACUUGAAGAAGCUGAUGGACAUCAUCACAUCAGAGAACAUUAAGAUGCCCUAUGAGAUGAAGGAGAUGGCCCUAGAGGCUCUGGUCCAGCUCUGGAGGAUCCCCAGCUUUGUGACUGAGCUCUACAUCAACUACGACUGUGACUUCUACUGCUCCAAUCUGUUUGAAGACCUCACCAAGCUGCUGUCCAAGAAUGCAUUCCCAGUGUCAGGGCAGCUGUACACCACUCACCUGCUGUCCCUGGAGGCCCUGCUCACUGUAAUUGACAGCACUGAAGCUCACUGUCAGGCCAAAGUGCUGAACACGGCUCAGCAGGACCAGUCAGACACACUGCUGGCAGAAGACGUUUCCUCCACAAAUGGACACGGCUCGACCACUGAUGUUAAUAGAAUCGGCAGCACUACUAGUUCUGUUCCAGCGGUGAAUGCUCCAGUGUUCCCACCAACCAGUGGACACCUGAUGGCCGAGCRGAUGAGGCUGGGCAGACAGGAUCAGGGAGACAAUGAUGCUGCAGAUAAGAAAGCUCCAAAAAAGCCUCAUCGUUUCUCCUCCUGUUUACCCGAUUCUCAGGAGCUGAUGGAAAUUAGAACGAAGAAAAAGCUGUUGUUCACAGGUGCAGAGCAGUUUAACCUAAAGCCCAAGAAGGGAAUCCAGUUCCUGCAGGAAAAGGGUCUUCUCAGUGACCCCAUGGACAGCAACCAAGUGGCCCAGUGGCUCAGAGAAAACCCUCGUUUGGACAAGAAAAUGAUCGGCGAGUACAUCAGCGAUCGYAAGCACAUGGACCUCCUGGACAGCUUUGUGAACACGUUCACCUUUCAGGGCCUUCGAAUCGACGAGGCUCUGCGGCUCUACCUGGAGGCCUUCAGGCUCCCCGGAGAGGCUCCYGUUAUUCAGAGACUCUUGGAAACUUUCACUGACAACUGGCAUAAGGUGAAUGGCUCGCCCUUCAUGACCAACGACGCAGGCUUUGCCUUGGCCUACGCCGUCAUAAUGCUGAACACUGACCAACACAACCACAACGUCCGGAAGCAGAACAUCCCCAUGACUGUGGAGCAAUUCAAGAAAAACCUAAAGGGUGUGAACGGAAACAAAGACUUUGACCAGGACAUGCUGGAGGACAUCUACAACGCUAUCAAGAACGAGGAGAUUGUGAUGCCCGACGAGCAGACGGGGUUGGUGAAGGAGAACUAUGUUUGGAGCGUGCUGCUGCACCGCGGCGCCACACCCGAGGGCGUUUUCCUCCACCUACCGCCCGGCAGCUACGACCACGACCUGUUCACCAUGACUUGGGGUCCCACCAUCGCCGCUCUCUCCUACGUGUUCGACAAAAGCCUCGACGAAAGCAUCAUCCAGAAGUCCAUCACAGGCUUCAGAAAAUGUGCAAUGAUCGCAGCUCAUUAUGGCUUCAGCGACGUUUUUGACAACUUGAUCAUCUCCCUCUGCAAGUUCACCACUUUGAGCAGCGAGUCGGUGGAAAACCUUCCUACGGUGUUUGGCAGCAACAAUAAGGCGCAGACCGCAGCCAAGACCAUGUUUGACCUCGCCCAUCGACACGGCAACAUCCUGAGGGAGGGCUGGAAGAACAUCAUGGAGUCCAUGCUGCAGCUGUUCAGGGCCCAGCUUCUGCCCAAAGCCAUGGUGGAGGUGGAGGAUUUUGUGGAGCCAAACGGGAAAAUUUCUCUUCAGAGGGAGGAAACGCCUUCAAAUCGCGGGGAGUCGGCCGUGCUGAGUUUUGUCAACUGGCUGACGCUGAGCGGAGCCGAGCAGUCGGGUCUCAGGGGGCCGUCCACAGAGAACCAGGAAGCCAAGCAAGGUGCCAUCCUCUGCAUAAAGCAAUGUGACCCAGAGAAGUUGAUCACAGAGAGCAAAUUCCUCCAGCUUGAGUCUCUACAGGAGCUGAUGAAGGCGCUGAUAUCGGUCACACCGGAUGAAGAGACCUAUGAUGAAGAGGAUGCUGCCUUCUGUCUGGAGAUGUUGCUGCGUAUCGUUCUGGAGAACAGGGACCGAGUGUCCUGCGUUUGGCAGACGGUGCGGGACCACCUCUACCACCUCUGCGUUCAUGCCAACGAAAGCUGCUUCCUGGUGGAGCGGGCCGUGGUGGGGCUCCUUCGCCUCGCCAUCCGCCUGCUGCGUCGAGAAGACGUCAGCUCUCAGGUUGGGAAAGAUGAUCUAGAGAUGACUAAGACCCCCCAAGUGAACUCCAAAGCUCAGCUGAAUCACCCCUUGGUGAACCAGUACAGUCUGACUCUGGGUCAGGACCUGGGCCAACAUGACACCAAGUCUCUCAUCAAGUGUGUGGAAACGCUGUCGUUCAUAGUCCGCGACGCCGCCCACGUCACACCCGACAACUUUGAGCUGUGCGUCAGAGCCAUACGAGUGUUUGUGGAGGCCAGCCUCAACGGAGGUUACAGGAACCACGAUAAGAAGAAGAGCCACAAGUAUGACCCCUCCAAGUCCCGGCUGAGGAAGAAGGCAGGAGGGAGGGAGAAGGACACCGGAGGUAGCACAAGACGAGGUGGAAACAGAGCAUCMAGCCAGCGACCGUCACGUUCCCACAGUGAUGACGAGGAGGAUGAGGGCGUCCCAGCCAGCUAUCAUACUGUGUCAUUACAGGUUAGUCAGGACCUGUUGGACCUGAUGCACACCCUGCACACCCGGGCAGCCAGCAUCUACAGCUCCUGGGCAGAGGAGCAGCGUCACCUAGAGGCCUCUGGGAAGAGGAUCGAAGCUGACUCCCAGACUCUGUGGACCAGUUGUUGGUGCCCGCUGCUGCAAGGUAUUGCUUGGCUGUGCUGCGAUGCCAGGCGRCAGGUCCGCAUGCAGGCCCUCACCUACCUCCAGAGAGCGCUGCUGGUCCACGACCUGCAGACUCUUGAUGCAGCUGAGUGGGAGUCUUGUUUCAACAAGGUUCUUUUCCCCUUGCUGACGAAGCUGCUGGACAACAUCAGCCCCGCAGACGUCGGAGGCAUGGAGGAGACCAGAAUGAGAGCCUGCACGUUGCUGUCGAAGGUCUUCCUGCAACACCUCUCCCCACUGCUGUCCCUGCCCACCUUCGCUGCCCUCUGGCUCACCAUUCUGGACUUCAUGGACAAAUACAUGCAUGCAGGAUCCAGUGACUUACUGUUGGAGGCGAUCCCAGAGUCUCUGAAGAACAUGCUGCUUGUGAUGGACACAGCAGGGAUUUUCCACAGCACCGACUCCAGGACAGGAUACUCCGACCUGUGGGAGAUUACAUGGGAGCGGAUCGUCUGCUUCCUGCCCAACCUGAGGGAGGAGCUUUUCAAACAGACCGUCAUACCAGAUCCAAACCCUGGUCCUCCUACUGAAGCCACACCCCCAGGAGGCCGGCCUCCAUCCCCUCAGGCAUCUCCACCUCCUCCCCAGCCUCCAUCCCCAGUCCCUUUUCCACUCGCCCCAGCAGAGACUCAAGCAUCCAGUCGGCCGGAGUCGCCACUGGAGUCUCAGCCAGUCAUCGUUAACGGGCCUGACCGCUCCUCUCCGGUUCCACCCUCCAUCAACCCCGCCGCAACAGCAUCGCUAGCACCCUCCCCCAGCCAGCCUCCCGYGGCGCUGAGCCAGCCCCCUCUGAUCCUGCAGCCCCUGGCUUCCCCGCUGCAGGUGGGAGUCCCGCCCAUGUCCCUCCCGAUCAUCCUGAACCCCGCCCUGAUCGAGGCCACGUCGCCGGUGCCGCUGCUUCCCGGGCCCAAACCCGCAAGUCCGCCUGACGAGGUCCAGUAGGGAGAGAAGCCCACCUGCUCUCAUGAAGACAACCCAUCCUGACCCACGUCUGCCUUUUGUUUAAAGAAGCCCCGCCUCUCUGUCCGAACGCACCGGUCCUUUCUGCUGUGCCAUUUUGUGUUGAUUCUCUGAUUCAAUAGGAACUAAACGGGGACAAAUCCCAACUAGACUGAUGAUUGCAGCAUUUAAAACACAGAUGUGCUGCUCAUACACUAACAGGAGACAGAUUUAGUGGCUGUUAUCAGCCCGUUGAAACCUAGAGCAUUAUGUAUAUUUCAGACUGAGACAAUGAAACUGAUAAAUUUCCCCACACAGGUUURUUCUUAGACAUCUUUAAGAAAAUUCUCUGUUUAAUGGUCGUAUUUUCAGCAGGAUUAGAGCUCAUGUACACCUUGAGGUCACAGGAUGUGUGUGUUCACAGGUAGAGGGAAUAAGAACCAGCUCUCACAGCUGCCAUCUUUUUUUUCCCCAUCACCCUUAGAGACAUUUUAACUUGAUAAAGACCCCUUAUCUUUUUUUCCUCAUUGACCUGAAGGUUGUAUUUAGCACGGAGAUCAGGCAGAGACGCCGAGCCGCCUCACCGUUCACACAGACAGGAUUUUAGAAGCUCAAACCUCAGCUGGACGUCAGUUGGGAUCAGAUUUGUACAGAAAACUGCUUGAAGGUCAGUUUUUCUUUCAGCUGCCAAAAUCUGUGGUGCUGUCCUGUAAAAUUGAGAUAUUAGGUGUUUUUUUUUUUUUAGAUCAGCCCAACCAGUCUUGUUCUGAGCUGUCAUUGAUAAAACCAACAAAAAGUUUAAUUUUAGGCACUUUAUGUGAAACAGAGGGAUCAUGUGCACAUGGAGUCCUUCUCAGAGAUGUCCCACAUUCCACAUGAGAACGAGCAGAACGGGACGUUUCCCUCCGAGUUCGAGGAGGCAGCAGAGACUUGUGGAGAACAGCAGCGCUGGUUUUUUUUUAUACAGGUUCCCAAUGAGUUUGUAAAACAGAAUAAAUCGGACUUAAUUCACUUUUGACAAACUAGCUUCCUGUCUGUGGAUCGUGAUGGUAAUCGUUCAGGACCAGCGCCAGCUUUUCCCCCCACUUUGUCACUUUAAAACUCAUCUUAUAAAAUCCUCCAGCUGCUGUGUUAACCGGGACAGAAAUACAGCAUGUGUCUUACGUUUUUAACAUUUUCAGUUAGUAGAAACAAAUGAAGUGGAAUAGACAGGCUGACAGUUUUAAGGUAAAGGCUUGCUAUCUCGCGGAACGUACUCUGUUGUGGUUUCACCCUGGGCCUCGCAUACGAUGACGUGUGAUCUAACGGAGCUUUUAAAGCAACCCCACCCCCACCUUUGAGGUGUGUAGAGAAUGGACCGGGAGCUGUGUCUCAGUCCGGAGCGUCUCGCUGGUAUUUAAUGUUAUUUAUUGAGCUGGGAGGGAGYGAGGCGGACCACCCCUCUGCGGUCCACAUGUUAGUUGGUGGGGGGGGGGGACACUACAGCCUUAAACAGCCACGGACGUGGCCGCUGUGGCUUUAUUUGUUCUACGGGACUCUUUAGUUUUAUCAGGAGCUACGUUUGUGCUUGAAAGGUGAAUUCCAUGUGUACAAAUAUAUAAAUAUAAAUUAAAAGUAAUGUGCUUUUUACAAUGUAAUAAAUAUAAUGUAAAGAC